AUGAUUGCCAUCUUUAACGAGUUGGUGGGAGAUAUCAUGGAAGUCUUCAUGGAUGACUUCUCAGUAUUCAGAGAUUCCUUCGACAAAUGCCUCCACAACCUCGAAAAAGUUCUAAUCCGAUGCGAAGAGACGAAUCUCGCUCUCAAUUGGGAGAAAUGCCACUUUAUGGUGACCGAGGGCAUUGUACUUGGACACAAAAUUUCAUCACAAGGCAUCGAGGUUGAUCGAGCAAAAAUUGAUGUCAUCUCCAACCUUCCACCACCAGUCAAUGUGAAAGCAAUAAGGAAUUUUCUUGGGCAUGCCGGCUUCUAUCGACGCUUCAUCAAAGACUUCUCCAAAAUUGCUCGACCAUUGACAAAGCUUCUCGAGAAGGAUGCUCCAUUUGACUUUACGGCAGAAUGCAACGACGCAUUUGCGGCACUAAAGCACAAACUGACCCACGCACCGAUUAUGGUGAGUCCCGACUGGAGCCUCCCGUUCGAACUCAUGUGUGAUGCAUCUGACUACGCCGUAGGAGCUGUCCUCGGCCAAAGGUAUGACAAACAUUUCAAACCAAUUUCCUAUGCAAGUAAAACCUUAAAUGAUGCUCAAGAAAAUUACACAACAACUGAAAAGGAAUUACUAGUUGUGGUGUUUGCAUUUGAUAAGUUCCGAUCAUACCUAGUUUUAUCACGAUGCGUUGUUUUUACUAAUCACUCUGCUUUGAAGUAUUUAAUGAACAAGACAGACGCUAAACCUCGUCUGAUUCGAUGGAUUCUUCUUCUCCAAGAAUUCGACAUCGAAAUUCAAGAUAAAAAAGGCGCAGAAAAUUUGGCAGCAGAUCAGCUUUCCCGACUGGAAAAUCCAAAAGAUGAUGUUUUGGAUGAAAUCAAUGAAACAUUUCCGGAUGAACGACUCUAUACAGUAGGAAGAGUUGAACUUGACACCCCAUGGUAUGCGGAUUUUUCCAAUUACUUGGUGGGAAAGACUCUGUCAACUGGGCUCUCGUACCAACAAAAGAAAAAAUUCUUUUCUAACCUUAAAUCUUAUUUUUGGCUGCUCUGGAGCUUGGACCUCUGGAUCGAGCUCCACUGA